AUGGCGCCGCCGGCGACGAAGCGGUGGUGCUUGGCUUUGAUUCUUCUCUCACUUUCAUUCUUCAUCCAAUCUUCGACGGCCAUUUAUUGCGGCGCAGAAGAUUGCUACGCUCUUCUUGGAGUCGCUCAAGAUGCGAACGCAUCGGAUAUCAAGAGAUCUUAUUACAAGCUUUCUCUGAAACAUCAUCCAGAUAAGAAUCCGGAUCCUGAAUCGAAGAAGCUCUUUGUGAAAAUCGCUACUGCUUACGAGAUUUUGAAAGAUAACGAGACUCGGUCACAAUAUGAUUAUGCAAUUGAACAUCCAGAAGAGGUAUUUUACAACACCGCUCAAUACUACCGCGCUAAAUAUGGACAUAAGUCGGAUCCCCGCGCUGUUCUUGUUGGUCUACUGGUAGUUUUGUCUGCAUUUCAAUAUCUAAACAACGUGGCAAGGUAUAAUGAGGCUAUAGCUACGGUUAAGCGAACUCCUGCUUACAAAAAUAAGCUCAAGGCCUUAGAACUCGAACGCACCGGUGGAGUAACUAACAAGAAGAAAGGGCCAAAGCAGAUUGACCAGAAAUUGCAAGAAGAGCUAAGCAACGAACUCGACCUACAAAUCAAAGGAGCUGAAAAACCGUCAGUCUGGGACCUUCUCGGUGUUCGAUUCAUUCUCCUACCAUACACUAUCAUCAAGCUUCUAGCAUGGUACAGCAGUUGGGUAUGGAGAUAUAAGGUUAAUAAAGCUCCUUAUUCAUGGGAAGACGCAUCAUACCUAACCCGAAGAUCACUUGGAGUGCCUCUUGACGCAUGGACUAAUCUCGAUGAGUAUAAAAAGGAAGAUUUGGUGCAAAAAAGGCUGUGGGAGAAGCAGAAUCUUGAGAACUACUUUGCAGAAAUGCGUAAAGAAUCGAAGCGGAGAAGAUAG